ACACACGCACACUUCUUGACCUUCAUAAACUUUUCCCUGUGCAGACCAUCACUCAAACCCGAAACACAACGCUUAAUAAGCCCAAUCAGAAACCUCCCCUGCUGUGAUAAGCAUCAGCUCCGGUCUUCCUCUUGACAGCAUGGGCCCAAAGAAGAGAGGAGCGAGGAAGAGGAAAAGUGAACCGGAUCUGGAAGGAGAUAAGGAAGAGGAGAAAACGGAGGAGCCCGAUCAGAGGGGAGGAAGGAGGAGAAAGGAUCGUGGAACCAAGAAGUACAUUGGUGCUCAUGUCGGGAUUCAAGGUGGAAUCUGGAAAGCAGUGGAGACCUGCACAGAGAUCGGGGGCAGCAGCUUCGCCCUGUUUCUAGGCUCCCAGCGCACAUGGAGGAGGCCUGCCCUGGACCAGACAGCCGCAGCCAAGUUUCGGGAGCAGGUCUCCCUCCAAGGGUUUGACCCAGCCCACAUCCUGCCUCACGGGUCCUACCUGAUGAACUGCGGGUCUCCUAAAGAGGAUGUGUUUGAGAAGAGCCAGGCCCUGUUGGUGGAGGAGCUCGGUCGCUGCAGCGUCCUGGGACUCCACCUCUACAACUUCCACCCCGGCUCCUCGCUGGGCUCCAUCACCACUGAGCAGUGUGUGGAGAAAAUAGCGAGCGCUAUCAACCACGCUCACCAGCAAACACCUGCUGUGGUUACAGUGUUGGAGAACAUGAGCGGCCAGGGCAGCACUUUGGGCGGAAAUUUCUCUGAGCUGAAAAGCAUCAUAGACAAAGUGAGAGACCAGGCCAGGGUUGGAGUGUGUCUCGAUACCUGCCACGCCUUCGCAGCAGGAUAUGACGUGGCGGCAGUGGGAGGAGUGGGUGCCAUGCUCGACGAGUUUGACCAGGAAGUGGGGCUCCACUUUCUCAAAUCCGUUCACCUCAAUGACUCCAAAGGUAAACUGGGCUGCAACCUCGAUCGCCAUGAAGACGUGGGUAAAGGUCACAUUGGAGUUGCUGCUUUCAGAGAUAUUGUCAAUGAGCCGAGACUUGACAACAUCCCCAUGAUACUGGAGACACCUGGGCGGUGAGAUAAGGCAGGAUUCGAGUUUGCUGAGCAGAUUGAAUUUCUCUAUUCCCUCUUUGAGAAAUAAUAAAAGAAAUGCACUUACUGCUGAAUUAACACUUGGUCAAGGACCAAAGUGGAUGAGGUGUUGAUCGCGUUCCCUUUAAACACACACAGAAGUUAUGUGGUUGUAUAAUCACAAAGCAAAAAUGUUUAAGCAAGAAAUGUUCUUUUUGGAUUUGAACUCGUUAAAUAAACAUGUUGUUGAUAGAGUUUGGGUUGUGUUGAUCAGAGAGAGCCAGUAGGGGGCAGCAAGAAAACACAAAUGCAACACAGACACAUUACAAUACCUUGAGCAUGUCGGUGUCAAAGGAUGAAGGCAAACAUGGACAAACGUGCAAAUCCACAUUUGCAUACAACGAUAAAUGGUGUAGAUUAGAUUAACCCCUGAUGCAAUACCUUAAUGUAUUUAACU